GCUUUUCCUGCCUGCAGAAGAGAAAGGAAAUUUGGCUGCCCUGCCAAAGUCCUCGUGCAUGGUGUUCUGUAAAUCAACUGCAUGUCUGGCUUGUGGCUCUGGGAUUGGCUCUUAAGAUGGCUUUAUUAAAGCUGUUGCUUCAAGAGCCUGAAGAUGAAGGCACCCAGAGGUGCAGACUCGGCCCUGCUGCUUUUUCCUCUGUGGGUGCCACGCUGGGGUCCACCAUUAGGAUCAUCCUGCCUGCUGGCAGUUGCCUUUGUACAGCUUGGCCAAGGCAUGAUUUGGCUGAUGGCUACCUGCAGCUCGAUCUCAAAUGCAGAACCCAGGGCUUAAGGGAGAGCCAGCUGCGAAAUCUCACCGUGAGCAUCGAUUGCUUGAAGCUGCUGACCUGUCACAGGCUAAGGAGAGUGAUGGUCAAAGUUGUUUUUAAAAACCGUGCUUUGAAAAAAUCAACUCCAGCUUCCAUGUUGCAGGAUAUAAUCAAAGAGCUACUGAGAAACACAUGCGUCUCUCUUCAUCAUGUUGUGACAUUUGGCCCAGUUCUGGGCAAUCCAGUGGCCUGCGUUGAAAUAUUAUCCACAGAGCCUGCCACUGUGGAAGAAGCUGGCUUGGUCACCCCUAAAACCAGUGUAAUUGUUGAAGAGGCUGUCACGCUGGACUGGUACAAUCGUUCAGUGGAGAACAGUGUAACACCCACAGUAGCAGGAAUGGAGGAUAUUCGCAGCUCCCUAAAAGAGAUCAUUGAUUUGCCAUUACGCUUUCCAAAAACUUUCCAGAAGCUAGGCCUUUCUGUACCCAGAGGCAUGCUUUUGGUGGGACCUCCAGGGGUGGGUAAGACCCUUUUGGUAAAAGCUGUCACCAGGGAAGUAGGUGCAUGCCUGAUUUGCAUCAAUGGCCCAGUUAUCUAUGGUUCCCGGCCUGGCGAAAGUGAGGAAAACAUGCGACAAGCAUUUGAAGAAGCAAGAGAGCUCUCUAGGGAAGGACCAACAGUUCUUUUUAUUGAUGAGAUUGAUUCCUUGUGCCCGAAACGGGGACAUUCAUGCAAUGCCCCAGAAAAUCGUCUGGUGGCUCAGUUGCUAACUCUUAUAGAUGGCAUCGGUGGAGAAAAUGACAUGGUGAUAGUAGCAGCAACCAACAGGCCUGAUGCACUUGACCCUGCGCUAAGGAGACCAGGCAGACUUGACCAUGAGGUGAUCAUUGGGACACCAACCCUUAAACAGAGGAAAUCUAUUCUGCAGUUGAUCACUGACAGCAUGCCUCUAUCAAAUGAUGUGAAUUUGCCAGAACUUGCAGAAAGAACAACUGGAUAUGUGGGAGCUGACCUCACAGCGCUUUGCCGAGAGGCUGCGAUGCAGGCGGUGUUUCGUGUCAAUUCGGAUUCUGUGAACACCAUUUAUAUGUCUGACUUCUACGAAGCAUUGAGAAAGAUUCAUCCAUCCUCUUUUCGAAGCGGGGUUGGGCUGAUGGACUUCAAGCCAGUCACCUGGGACCAGAUCGGUGGUCUUGAAGAUGUGAAAUUAAAGUUACAACAGUGCAUCGAAUGGCCUAUAAAAUUCCCAGAGGCAUUUGUAAGAAUGGGACUGGCCCGUCCAAAGGGAGCCCUUUUGUACGGACCAUCUGGCUGCGCCAAGACCAUGCUUGUCAAAGCAGCUGCCACAAGCUGCCAUUGUUCCUUUCUGACUGUGAGCGGCGCUGACCUUUUCUCACCCUAUGUUGGAGACUCAGAGAAGAUUUUGUCUCAGGUAUUCCGUCAAGCAAGAGCAAAUACUCCUGCAAUAGUAUUCUUAGAUGAAAUUGAUGCUAUCUUAGGUUCACGAUCAGUCAGUAAAACUGGGCAUGGUGUGCAGGAGAGGGUUCUUUCUGUCCUUCUGAAUGAACUGGAUGGUGUUGGCCUAAAGUUAACUGAGAGAAGAGGAAGCAAAACAGAACUGGAAGGUGACAGUCAAGAACAAGCUGAAAGCGAUAAAGAGUUGGAACUUCAGGAGGUUUUUAAUAAAGAUGUUGUUGUUGUUGCUGCAACAAAUAGACCAGACAUGUUGGACAAUGCUUUAAUGCGCCCUGGGAGAUUAGACAAGGUCAUCUAUGUACCACCUCCUGAUCAAAAGGGAAAGCUUUCUGUUUUGAAAAUCUGCACUGAAAGAAUUCCUAUCGAUUCUGAUGUAUGCCUAGAGGAUAUAGCAACAAAAGCUAAUCUGUUCUCUGGAGCUGAUCUUGAAAAUCUCUGUAAAGAGGCUGCUUUGUUGGCAUUGCAAGAAAAUAAAGUUGAAGCUACAACCGUGAAACAAAAGCAUUUUGAAAAAUCACUGGAGACCGUAAAGGCAUCAUUAUCUCACAAAGAGUUGGAAUUUUAUGAAAAAAUGUUUCAAAAUCAAGACUGAAAGCAUGAGGAGGGCAAUGAAUCUACAUUGGAAUAAUCAACUCAGGCAAUUAGUUCAACUGAUCCAUAGAGGAAAAAAAAGGGAAUAACUAAACUGCCAUGGCAUUUACUUACUUACUUACUUACUUACUUACUUACUUACUUACUGGACACAUUUCUACGCUGCUUCGUCAGAACUGUUUGAAGAAGUUAAUAUGCAUCACAAGAGUUCUCUUAGAACUACAGUGAAAAUUAAGUUCCUGUGCUCUGAGGUGAAGGGAGCAGUUUUUUGGUGACAUUGCAGACACAAGCCAAAGUCUCUUAUUGUGGUCCUAGAAGAUUGUAUACCUAAAGAAAAAAGUCGAGGCAAUUAUGUAAAUGUUCUUUCAUAGCAAUCUUGCUUAUUUGUUUGGGUAUCUCUAUUUAUCCAAUACAUCUAUACAAUAACAA